AUGAUUUUAAAAAUAAUUGCUGAUGGAUAUCUUCAAUAUAUUAAAAAUGCUUAUAAUUUAUUUGAUAGUGCUAUUGUUAUCAUAAGUCUUAUUGAAUUACAAGAAAAUAAAAAUAGUGGAUUAUCCGUUUUACGUACAUUUAGAUUAUUACGUGUACUUAAACUUAUCAGAUUUAUGUCAACACUUAGACGACAAUUGGUAAUCAACCUUUUCGUUUUUUUUGUUCUUCUCUUUUAUUUUCUUUUAUUUUUUUCAUUCGAAUUACUUAUCUAUUCAUUGAUAACUAUCUUUAGUAGAAAUGUCAUAUUCAUCUAAUCGAUUCUAUUUUAUUUUUGGUUUAACUCUUAUCGCAUCCAACAGGUAUCUGAUUUGAGUAUACUUAUUUCCAUUUUGAUGAUAACUUAUUGAAUAAUUAUAUCCAAUAAUUUUGAAAGAAUUUUCUAAAUGUUUAAAAGUGCGUAAAAGACAGAAAAUGAUUGUUUAAGAAAGGAUUUUCAUAUAUAAAUUUAUGUUAAUCUCAAUUUUAGAAAAAGUUUCAAUAAAUAAAUCUAAUUGAUUUUGUUUUUCGCUAUAGAUUGUCAUGCUUAAAACAAUGAAUAAUGUGACUACAUUUUUUCGCUUUAUUACUUCUAUUUAUAUUCAUAUUCAGGUAAGUUUAGAAGAAAAAAAACGAAACACAAUACAAAAUGUGUUUAGAUAUUUGAAUACAAAUAAAACUCUUCUACAGUAUAUUGGGUAUGAAUCUUUUUAAUUGCAAAUAUAUUGAAGUAAAACAUAGCAAACGUCUUGAAUCUAUGGGUUAUUUCAACUGUUUUUUAAGUAAAAUUUACUUCAUUUAUUAAUUAUUCACGCUUUUCUAAAAGAAAAAAAUGCUAAAAUUAAAUUGUUGUUCUGCUUCUUAAUGUUAUUAUUGAUAAACGUGUCUAUAUAAUAUUCUUGGUAUGCAUUUAUUUGGUGAUGAAUUUUGUUCAAUAGAAGCAUUUAAUAUAACAUCACAUAAAGAAAUUCAUAUUAAAUGUAAAUGUUGUACAUGUUAUCAAAAUGAUCUUUUUAAAAAUGAUACUCAUCUCAAAGAUUUUUAUUGUUUACAACAGAAAAAAAAAUUUCAUUCAUUAGCUUUUGCAUUAUUAACCUUUUUUUUCAGGUAGCUUUUCUCAAAUACUAUCCUACAUUACACAUUAUUCCCUUGAAUGAUAUUAACACUAUUUUACCUCGCACACCAAAUUUAACCUAUUUAGCAGCCUGAUUAGAAAAUUUUCAAAGGUGUUUCACUAUUUCUUUUUUUCUAAAUAGUUAAUAAGAAAGAAAGAAAAAAAGCAACAAAACGAUUGAACUUCACCGAAGACAAUGAUAGAGAACGAUCUUCUUCGAUAAAUUCUC